UAUUCAGAGCACCGUACGAGGGUAGCCUUUUACCUGACUUCUUUGGUUUGCUUCCCCCACCGCUUAUUGCAGGUAGACCUCAGGUUUAGCUGUUUUCUAGGUUCCUCUGCCAUUGAAUUUGCUUUAUAUCUGUGGGGAUGUUCACAGUUCAUCUCUGUUAGCUACAAAACACUUUCAAACUGCUUUUCCCUCUCCCAAAAGAUUUUAUCUGUUGCCCACACAACUAAUUGAACACAUAACCUCAUACUAUUCUCACAUUUUACCCAAAAUAUCAAGUUUUAUCGUGAUUCUGCUUAAUGUUUAACUAAAAAUGCCUUUAAUUGUGAUCACUGGUUACCCCUGUAGUUAUAAAUCAAAACGUGCAAGUGAAUUAAAGAGUUAUUUCGAAGAAAAAGGCAAAGAAGUACACAUUGUCAAUGAAACAGAUGAAAUAACAAAGGCUGGUUUUGAUUUAAACACAUAUUAUAGUGAUUCUAGAAAAGAAAAACAAGUCAGAGACAUUCUUAAAUCCCAUGUAACCAGGUUAAUAUCACCUAGGAAUCUAGUCAUCUAUGAUGGAUCAAACUACAUAAAAGGCUACAGAUAUGAACUCUACUGCAUAACUAAAGCAAACCACAGCACACAAUGCACAUUGUACACAAUUAUUAAUCAAGAUGUUGCCUCACAAUUAAAUUCUACCAGGAAUGAAACAGAAAAGUAUUCCAAGGACACUUUUGAUGGUUUACUGAUGAGAUAUGAGGAACCUGAUGGUAAAAACAGAUGGGAUGCACCAUUAUUUAUUGUUCCAGAUGAUGCACAGUUAGAUUUUGAGGCUAUUAAUGAUUGUUUGUUUGAGAAAAAGCCUCCUCCAAAUUUAUCCACACAAAAUGCUCCUCUGAGUUCAACAAACUUUCUUUAUGAGAUGAAUAAGAUAGUGAAGGCCAUUACAAGUGGAUUAAUUGCUCAUGUAAGUAAAGGAUGUAAAGAAACCAUCCAAGUGGCUAAUUAUGAUGACUUGGAGAUUAAUCUGAAGAAUGCUACAGUGCCUAAAUUACUUAGUUUGAGUAGACAGUACAUAAAUUAUAGCAAGAUGAAUACUCCACAGUUGGAAAACGUGCCAUCAUUAUAUAUACAAUAUCUACAAACGAAUUUAGGUUGAAAUAAAGUUAUUUCUAUUUUAAACUAA